CGCGCUCCUGCAUCUGAUCUGUUGUGAUUCUGCUGAUAAAAGAAAAACUCCCAGUUAAGCCACUGAGAAUCAUGUGCUAUACAAUUUAAGAUGGUGUCUAUUAAAGAAGAGAGUGAAGAAAUGAGGAUUGAAGAAGUAUUCAGUGUGAAACAAGAAGAUACUGAGGAACAAACCAAGAUGGCGUUUAUUAAAGAAGAGAGCGAAGACCUCAAGAUUGAAGAAGUAUUCAGUGUGAAACCAGAAGAUACUGAGGAACAAACAAAGAUGGCGUUUAUUAAAGAGGAGAGUGAAGACCUCAAGAUUGAAGAAACAUUCAGAGUGAAAUAUGAAGAUACUGAGGAACAAACAGACCUGGUGGGACUGAAAGAGACGAGUCAAGAACUGAAUGAAAUGGAAGAGAAACAUCAAUAUCAGAAACAUGUCACAACUACAGAAAAAUACAUACAAACUGAAACGACUUCCUCAAGAAAAAGAGCUCCGAAGAGAGAAUCUAACAGUUCCUUCUCCUGCUGUCAGUGUGGAAAGAGUUUCAAACUAAAACAUAACCUUGAACUCCACAUGAGAGUUCACACUGGAGAGAAGCCUUUCACCUGCAAGCAUUGUGGAAAAAGUUUCAUUCACAAAGGAAACCUUAAUUCCCACAUGCCAAGUCACACUGGAGAAAAGCCUUUCACGUGUGAUCAGUGUGGUAAACUUUUCAAACGUAAAGUAACCCUUAAAAACCACAUGAAGAUUCACUCAGAGGAGAAGCCGUUCACAUGUGAUCAGUGUGGAAAGCUUUUCAAAAGUAAAGUAACCCUUAAUAACCACAUGAAGAUGCACUCAGGAGAGAACCGUUUUACUUGUAAUCAGUGUAGAAAGAGUUUCAGUACUAAAGAUAGCCUCAAAAGGCACAUGAUAUCUCACACUGAAAGUACGCCUUACACAUGCAAAGAGUGUGGCAAAAACUUCACAUAUAAAGCACAACUUGAUUCACACAUGAGAGGUCACACUGGAGAGAGGCCUUACACCUGCAAACAGUGUGGGAAUAGCUUCAUACAUAAAGGAGGCCUUAAGACUCACAUGAGAAUUCACACUGGAGAGAAGCCAUUUAAAUGUGAUCAAUGUGGAAACAGUUUCAGACAUAAAUCAACCCUUGAUUCGCACAUGAGAGUUCACACUGGAGAUAAUCCUUACACCUGCAAACUGUGUGGGAAGAGCUUCACAUACAAAUCAACCUUUAAAGCCCACAUGAGAGUUCACACCGGAGAGAGUCCUUUCACCUGCAAACUGUGCGGGAAGAGCUUCACACAAAACGGAAAUCUUAAGUAUCACAUGAAAUCUCACACAGGAGAAAAACCAUUCAUGUGUGUUGAGUGUGGGAAAUGUUUUACACGUAACCGAGCCCUUAAUUUCCACAUGAAGAAGUAUCACUCUGGAGAGGAAUGUUUUAAAUGUCAUCGGUGUGGACAGAGUUUCCCAGACAAAAAAAGCCUUAACAAGCAUGUAAAAAUUCACAUUGGAGAAGAGACAUUCAUGUGUGAUCACUGUGGAAAGAGUUUCAGAUUUAAAGGAAACCUUAAGACUCACAUGAGAAUUCACACUGGAGAGAAGCCUUACACCUGCUCUCUCUGUGGAAAGAGUUUCAAUCAGAAAGUAAGCCUUGAUGUUCACACAAGACUUCACACUGGAGAGAAGCCUUUCCCAUGUGUACAUUGUGAGAAGAGUUUCACAUAUGGAAGAGACCUGAAAAGUCAUUUGCAAACUCAUUCUAGAAAGAAAUUGCAGGGCUCUGAAAGUGGCAAGAGAUUUACAAAAAGGAGCCAUUUUAAAAAACACCCAAAAAACUCUGGAAAAAGGCAAUUUAAUUGUGACCAGUGUAAUAAAAGAUUUCUUUUGCUAUCACACUUACAGAUACAUCUGAAAAGUCAUGCAGAUGUCAGACGGUAUUUUUGUUCUUUGUGUGGAAAGAGAUUUAAAUGGCUUGGCCAUUUAAAAUGGCACCAGAAAAUCCGUAUCUGUGUGAAACUAAGGCUACGUUCACACCACAGCUGAAUGUGGCCUAGAUUUGAUUUGUCCACCUUCAUGACCAUUUGCAUUAUUGACCUCUAUAAUUUUUCCUUGAGACUUUUUGAUUUUUUUUUUUUUUUGUCAUGUACAUAUGAACUCCUGUGGCUGCACCUGACCACCUGCUUUGAUGUAGUUUAGUGGUUCUCAAUCUCUUUUGUCAGAAGGCACACUUAAUUAAAGUAAAAGCACAAUUUUGAUGGACAAAUUAAAUAUUAUUUCACACAAAAAGUGCCCAAAAUCCACAGAAUAAGCAUGUCUAGUGAGUUUUAACAAGAACUGGAGUAGGCAAGAAAAGAAAAUGAAGACUCAAAAAUAUUUAUAGAAGAUUUAGGCCACCAAUUUAAACUUGUUUUUAAUUAUUAGGUUUGGGUGAAAGUAAGGUGUAUUAUAAAAAAAAACUAAAGUAAACUAGCCAGUAAAAAAUAUAUAUAAACUUUCUUUUAGUUUAUGUAAUACACAGACAGCUACAUAGGCUAACACAACCCAAAUCAAACCC